AUGGAAGAGGAGACCAACAUGGCAACUUGGAAUGGUUUGCCUGUCGAGCUCAAGGGCCUCAUUCUCGAGCACCUCGCCUACGGAGCCGUCGCCGAGAGACGCUCAAAAACAUCAAAGUCAAAGAGCAAGCGUCAUGACAUGGGCAGCUAUGCAGUCGUCUGUCAACAAUGGCAGAGAUUCAUAGAAAAGAUCAACUUCAACAAUCUCGAGAUCAACUCCGCCAAGGAUCUCUCCCGCUUCGACGAGAUUCUCCAGGACCCCAUCCGUCGCUCUUAUCUGCGCCGUAUCUCACUUCACAUUGAGCUGCCUCGCUAUAACAGCAAGCUGGCCAAGGUUCCCGAGACAGACACUGAGCAGAAUGAAAAUGAGAUCAAAUUCACUCAGGGAAUCUGGAAUCUUUUCGACAUCCUCAGUAAAUGGACCCCUUCAGGCCAGAGUGUCGAGUUGGAGCUCAGCGCCGCUUCGCCCAGUGAUAAAAACAAGCUGUUUGGUGAGCUGGGCUUGGAUCAGGACGGCAACUCACGCUUCUUCGACCACGACCUAGACUUCUGCUUCAUCACUGCCGGCUGCGAGCAGGUCGGACGACAUGGUCUCCCCGAGGUCUCAAUCAUCAAUAGCUGCCAGAUUCUUCGACGCAACCAUCGCAACAUCUCAUCUCGAGCAUUGCUCAGCAUCAUCUCGAGUCUGCCUAAGCUCGAGGAAGUCCGAUUCGAGCCUUGGCAUCAGGUCGACUUGGAAGCACAGCUCGAAGUCGACUCUGAUUAUGCCCGUACUUUCCCUUUCUGGCCUUCCCACAUUAAGCGAAUUAGCAUUUUUGAGCAUUUCGAUGCUUUCAACGAUGGCCCGGAAGCCGAAUGGGAGGAUGCUGAGUCUGUCGACGACAAUGACGCCGACCCAACCGGUGGAGACAUCGCUCUCCCCAUACCCCCCGACGGUGCGGAAGAAGGAGGCGACGUUGCCCGAACCUCAUGCCCCAGCCUUGGUCACAAUUUGGGCUUCCUCAGCUUGCAGGCCGAGGAGAUGGCCGUCUCGAAUGUCUCUGACGCGACCGCCUUCUUUCAAGGCCUCCUCGCGCGCAAGCCCGUCUGGAACAACCUCCGCCGACUUGCGCUUACCUCCCACACGAUGAUUGACGGUAUCGACCACGAAACCGUUAAUGGCAUUCUGCGUUCGAUCGCCAGUGCCGCGAAGCACAUGCCGGCAUUGCAGGUGCUGGAAAUUUACAAGACCGACCAAUUUGGAGGUGCCGUCUUCCGCUACUCCGUCGAGAUAUUGUCGACAACGGCAUCGUGGGAGAGCACCUGGGACUUUCACAUUGGAGCCGAUGUGAAGGCUGCGUGGGCUGAGGUCGCUAAGAAGAACACUCCUCACAAUAUUACCUUCCUUCCCGAGAUUCGCCAGAGCGACUACCGAGGCCCCUACGUAUUCUUGGACGAGAACCUGAAGACGAAGGAUCUGAUCAUCCACCCGGCAUCGUUGGAAGAUAUGCUGUCCAAGAAGUUGGAUAAGUGCUUGGCCUGCAAUGGAUACUGCGCCGACCCCAAGAGCGAAGAACAGAUGUGGGGUUCUUCGGGACUCAACAAUGCUUGA